UGUCAACUGAAUGAAAGUCACUGAAUAUUUGUAAACAUCUUACAAAGUGUAAAACUGCUGAUAAAAUAUUAACGUUUCGACUACAUUUAACGGUGCUCUACACAGAUCUUUUCCCAUUUGAUUGUUGUGGAGUGUUUUUGGAAGGAAUCGUGACCAUAGACGUAGGUAAUUAUGAAGAUGUGAGAAACAGGGAUCGAGAAGAUCGGCUUCAUAUUCAAUGACUACGAAUUGACUGACUGUGUGAAGAGGGAGAGCGAAAAUGAAUUUGUUUGUUUUGAAUAUUCAGUGCAGAAUCAUUCAAAGUCGUGCUGUUUUCAGUCAAUGACUAUGAACAUUUUGCACCCUGGCCCUACCAGUAGUUUUACUGGAGGCCCCUUUUCACAGAAAUGAUUUUGGUAAAAUUGCUUUUAUCAUCCGGAAAAAUCUUUAAUCGCUGAUUAAUUACUCAUCAGACGUUUUCUUAUGAUGGAAUUCAUGUAAAGUAUGCAUGCAACACCAGUAAGUAUGCAAUGAAUGGAUUAUAUACUAAAACUUGAUGCCCAAUUUAUGUGAUUUAAACAAAAAUAUCAAAAAGUUCACUGUAUACCAUGAUACCAGGCAUUUCAGGGGCGUUCCAAAGGUUUUCAAGAUGUUUUGGGAGUGUUGCUUAGCGUUUCAGAGACGUUCCAGGUGAUUUCAAUUACUUUCCAGGGGUUUCAGGGAUGGCCCAGGGAAUUUCAGGGGCGUUCUAGAGGGUUUCAUGAAGUUUCAGUGGGUUUCAGAAGAGUACCAGGGGUUUCAGGGGCUUACCAGAGGUUUUCAAGGCGAUGCAGAGUUGUUCCAGGGCAUUUUAGAAGCAUUACAGGAAGUUACGAUAGGAUUCAUGGAUAUUUCAGAGGUUUCAGGCAUUCCAGGAGUGUUCCAGGGAAUCUCAGGGAGUUUCAGAUGGGUCAAGGACGUUCCAAAUAAUUUCAGGUAUUUGCAAAACAGUUCCAAAAGCAUUUCAGGAGGUUCCUGGAAAUUUCAGGCACGGGCGCGGUCCGAGAAUAUUGUAGAGGUCUCAGGAGGUUGUAUGAAAGUUCCAGGAGAUUUCAGGGAUUUUCAAAGGUUUCCAAACAAAUCCCGUCGAAACGCUCCUGAAAUUCCCUGAAAAGCCUUGCCACGCAUCUGAAACAUAUUUGCAAUUCCCUUUGGAAGCUCCCUGGAACGCCUGGAAACCCCUAACCAAACAGAUCUCCAUACUGUUACUGCUGUUGAACGUGCCUCUGAAGCCGAUUCACUGAUACUGCUGUUGCAUAGAGCUCAAAAACGCUAAUCUGCUGAAAAUCGCAUCGUCACUUAUUAAACUAAUAAAAACUGAUUGACAUUCUUGAAUUAAAACAACAAGCUUGCUAACAUGUAUUGCCUAAACAAUGUGUUUGUACAAUGCAUGAAGUGUAUGUCUGUACUUACUGCUCCCUGUGAACAAUGAUACCAAUAAAGUAGUAUACUCAAUGCCUCCGCCAUGGCAGGACGGCGAAUAAUUCGCUCGUGUUUUAUUAUUUAUAAGAUCACAACAGUUGGGUCCAUCCCGUUGCACGAACAUUUGGUGCCGUGACCAAUCGUUCGAUACCUGCGGGAAAAGUUUUAUUCAACUCGACGAACAUUUGAUGAGAAGCUUCAACGAAUAUCGCGGUGAUGAUGUGCAGUGUAGAGGAGUGCAUUAGCUCGUGGGAUCUACUCCACUUCCAGCUACGAUGGUGUGGCCCCGAUGGUAGCCAUCUGGCAAAGUAUGUACGUUCCUGAGUCACCUUGGACAACGGCAGUUCGGACUAGGAAACAUACUUGUAUCAAACGGCAAGUGCGGCAGUCAGAACCCAUUGCAGCUAUCAUGGCUUCAAACUACAGCAUGUAUUAUCUCCAGAUCGUUAGACGCAAGAAGGAACAAAACAGCCCCACAACAAUAGAUCUAUCGCAGCAGACCGGCUCUGCUACUGAGGUGGUUGUUUCAACUGUUUCGUUCGUCAUUCAGUUUGAGUUUGUCCGUUUUUAUUUGUACCUAAAUAGUAUAAGUCAAUAGGUCCGCCAAUUCCCAUUUUCGCAUAUUGAAAACCGUUGGUUUUGGCGGGCGGUAUGUUUGUACAAUGCAUGAAGUGUAUGUCUGUACUUACUGCUCCCUGUGAACAAUGAUACCAAUAAAGUAGUAUACUCAAUGCCUCCGCCAUGGCAGGACGGCGAAUAAUUCGCUCGUGUUUUAUUAUUUAUAAGAUCACAACAGUUGGGUCCAUCCCGUUGCACGAACACAAUGAUUCAUUCAUUCUAGACAUACAAUCCAGAACAGAUACUUUAUCAAAACAAACUUGAACUUCAACAAGCAUUCCUAAAUACUUGAAAGUCAUGCUGUCUGCCUCGAAAGCCCGACGAUGAUGGCAAUGUGCUCAUUGGCUGAUGAGAAUGACUAAAAAUCCAAUUCCCGGCUGUCAAUUAAUUCAAAAGUCUCUCGAUCAAACCUAUACUUGCGCCCGGAUCGGUCCAGAUCAAACGAAGUUCAGCUGAACGCAGCGUCAUAGAUGGGAACUUCCAUAGCCUCGUACAGCAAUCAGCAGACAACCACUUUACUUCUAACUCACGUAGCCACUCGAUACGUUCUGUAGAAGUUAAUUAAAUCACGUUUUGUAAAAAAAAAGUCUAUCACAAUCCGUCGCAAGCCAAUGGUUUGCUUUAUUAUUAAUUUUUGGGAACAGGCGAUGAUCAAGGUUAAGAAUUUUGACCGUCAUGUAUACAUAACAUAGGGAUCUUGCGUAUGAUCAAAGCAUGUUGCGUUCGAUGACGACGCACAAUUCCGAAUGCGAAAGCACCGCACCUGGAAGGGUUUCCAAUAGCAUGAAGGUCAAUGCGUUUUUGAUUAUUUCUUGUGGUUGAUGAAUCAGUACUAAUGCUUUUAUGGCUGAUUCUAAAACCUGUUCGAUUCAAUUUCCAAUCAAAAAUUGUUAUGUAGAAUCCUUAUUUAUAUUUAUUUUUAGAAAUUAAAAAAGUCUAAAUAAUGUUUUAAAGUAUCAAUAUACUAUUCCUACUAUCUUUUCGACUUACCAAAGUGUAGUGUAAUAAAUAAACUGUUAAAAAAACGUAUGAAAAUAUCCCGUGUUAAUCAUUCAUUUAAGGACAAACGUCUUGAAAUCCCGCUUCAACAGUGCAUUAAAAUUUGAUAGCGAUUGCUGGCGUAUUUUCGGUCCUCGGGUUGCUUAUAAAACAACUGUUUUAAUUAAAGCCGACGUUUCGAGCGUUUAUUCACUCAUCUUCAGGGCAAACUACAAUUUACAUACAAAGUUUGAGUAGUCAAGUCAUUUGUUAUACAAAAAAAAAAUUACUCACAUCAAAAGUUGUUUUUAGGUCAAGUGGGUUUGGACAUGGACUGAUGGAACGGCUAACAACAUUACACUGUAAUUAUACAUACAAAUUUCGGACAUAAUGACUUGAUUCGUUUUUACAAUAAUUAAAACAUUGGACGGAGCACAAACUUACACAGCUUUCACCUAGGCACAUCUAAACAGGUUUGAAUUAAAAUGUCUAUGAGUGGAGACGUCAAACGAAAAGAUGGAACAUAAAGGACGGAAACGGAACAUAAAGGACGCGUGGUAGGAAACCACCUGUCCAAAAAUAUACGGGCUCCCUAAAAUACACAAACCGGACAGUCCACUCAGAGUCAUAUUAUCGUGCAUUAAUUGCCCGACAUAUGAUCUGUCCAAGUACCUUGCAGACAUACUACACCGCUCGAUCGACCACGACAAAUACAAUGUGCAAAAUUCAUAUGAGUUCUGCACAUUCAUAAACAAUAUCAACCUGCCUCCAGGCUAUGUAUUGGUCUCGUUCGAUGUGGUAAGCCUGUUUACGUGUAUUCCACGGGACGUUGCGAUAGAAGCGGUGCGAAAGAACUGGAGUAUGAUCGAGAAAAACACCACAAUAAAGAAUGUCGAAAUGUUCAUAGAACUAAUUAAAUUCAAUCUCUCCUCCAGUUAUUUCGUCCACCGUGGCAACUUCUACUGUCAAAAGUCGGGAACGGCAAUGGGUAACCCAUUGUCUCCGGCUCUUGCAGAUUUAGUGAUGGAAACAUUGCUAGAUCACGUGCUUGAAGGGAUUGAUAUUCCUAUUCCAUUUUUGAAAAAGUACGUCGACGAUUUGAUCACCGCUCUCCCAAUCGACAUGAUUGAACAUGUGAGAAAUGCGCUCAACGAGUUCAACUCACACAUUCAAUUCACGUGUGAAAUGGAAAAUAAUAAUCAGCUGCCGUAUCUUGACAUGCUGCUUAUACGCACAGCGCAGCAAAAAAUCGUCACCGACUGGUACAAAAAACCUGUAGCAUCGGGGCGCAUUUUGAAUUAUUUUUCAUUUCACCCUCUCACACAAAAACUAAACACGGCCACUGGCUUUAUUGGGAGAGUGUUCAAGUUGUCGACGUGCAGAUCAGAAAAUGAGAAAAAAGAGUUGGUCCGGGAUUAUCUGCUAAACAACAACUACUCAAGUUCAUUGAUAAAUCGGUUGAUAAACCGAUAUAUCAACAAGAACACAAACACACAUGAGAGUAACAGCAGUACACAUCCCGAACCAAAAAUGUAUCGAUCUCUUCACCACGUAGAGAAGCUCACGCCGGCUCUCGCAAAAGUCAUCAAUAGAAACUUUCCCAACGUUCAACUGGGCUUCAAAUGCGUCAAAACAAACAGACUGUUGUUUUCGAAGCUCAAAGAUGCAACGCCGCAGUUGGAGAAGAGAAAUGUGAUUUACCGCAUUCCCUGCGCCGAUUGCGACUGCGCAUACAUUGGGCUGACUACGCAACAGUUGAAAAACCGUCUCUCUGGGCAUCGGUCUCUCAUUAACCGAUACGCAGAUUUGAAAUCUUCCGACCCGAACAGAGCGACGGAGAGGGAGGAAGAAUUCAAAAAGACGGCGUUGAUGGUCCAUGUGAUUGAAAACGAACACCGAUUCGAUUUACCUGGUACUAAAAUUCUAGAACAGGACAAUCGUCUGAACGCACUUCAAGUUCUUGAAAUGUGUCACAUUUUUUGUGACACCAAAACGGUUAACUAUAGAACCGACACAAGUAAUUUAAGUGUUGUUUACUCGGGUCUUCUGCACUCAAUCACGAACGGAGAAAGAUAGCAGAACAUCAUCACAGCACGCUGUGAUUCUCUGUUUCUGUUAAUGUUUCCGUCCUUUAUGUUCCAUCUUUUCGUUUGACGUCUCCACUCAUAGACAUUUUAAUUCAAACCUGUUUAGAUGUGCCUAGGUGAAAGCUGUGUAAGUUUGUGCUCCGUCCAAUGUUUUAAUUAUUGUAAAAACGAAUCAAGUCAUUAUGUCCGAAAUUUGUAUGUAUAAUUACAGUGUAAUGUUGUUAGCCGUUCCAUCAGUCCAUGUCCAAACCCACUUGACCUAAAAACAACUUUUGAUUUUGCCCUGAAGAUGAGUGAAUAAACGCUCGAAACGUCGGCUUUAAUUAAAACAGUUGUUUUAUAAGCAACCCGAGGACCGAAAAUACGCCAGCAAUCGCUAUCAAAUUAUCAAAGACGGUCGUUAUUUUAUCAAGUGCAUUAAAACUUCAAACGCACAAAUCUCAAGAAGCAAGCUUUACCCAACAAAGCAUUUUAUUAUUCCGUUCUUGCUCACUUGUAAUUUGCUUAAAAUAAGAAGAUCAGGUGCGCUAGUUUUGUUUACGAAGAGAUUUGUGCCCUCGAAAUCGUGAGUAGGUGCCAAAGUCGGACAUUUUAGCGGCCAUUUUGGGAUUCCAACAAGUCUGUCCUUAAGCAAUAAACUGAUUUAUGCGAUAUGCUUAUUCUUCAACGCCGAGGCAAUCCUCUUAAUCGAAUGUCCAAUGAAAUAAAUCAAAUUUAUUGGCCACUGUUGAGUACGAAGCAGACGAAGCUUCAACAGGGAUUCUAAAUGUCAUUUUGCAUCCAGCAGCAGCAUUCUCAAAAAUACAAGGAAGGAGGCUGCCACCGAAGCCGGAUGCAAGCGGACGAUAAAUGGCACCAUGCGGCGACCCAAAAUCCAAGAAAAGGUGAUUUGGAAAUCAGUAUAAUAUAGGCAAAGUGGCAUAUUAUAAAAAAAAAUACAGGUGAAGAUGGGAAAAGGAUGGAUGUUACAUGCAUUUCGGAAGCUAUGGCAGCUUCUGUCGGAUAUGCAGUCAAUCAAGCAAAUUUUUGUGGUAGAUUUCACUGCUGGCAGCACCCUCACAAAGUCGAAACGAAAUUUGUGUUUUCUUUUUUUGCCAGGGGAAUUACUCAUUUUUAAAUGAUUGGAACUGACUUUUUAGCGAGGAAUUUUUCAAAAAAUAUUUGUAAUGGCUGAACUAUAGCUUUUACUUAUAGCAAUUCGCUUAUAAAGCAUCAACUAUGUGAAAUCUCAUUCUAGUAUGUAUGCAUUGAAAUUUCAGAAAAAAAUGCUUAACUUUCGAACUUUUAUUCUUUUUAAUACACGGUUGCAUGUUUUUAAUUUCAAAUACCGUAAUCCGGGGUAACAUUGAUCAAAAGUUUCGAUCUUUCUUUAACAAUUCUUUUGUUUAAGCAAACGUUACAUGUUUUAUAUUUUUAAAACAAGUACUGCCCCCCUGAGUAUGUGUUAAGCUACUCGAAAAAGCAUUGCAAAACUUUAAAACAUGUUUAAAUAGGUUUUAUAAUCUAAUUUUUGAUUUUGUUGAUUUGGGGUAACAUUGAUCAUGUCAGUGAUCAAUGUUCGUUUGUGUUGAAAAUACCCUUUCUUAAUAAAUUUUGGGUCGCUGAUUUCGAAUAUGUUGUCCAAAUUCUUACAAGUUAUUAACUUUUUAGAUAUUUUAGGAUUAAAAUCCUCCAAAUUGCGAAUAACGCCUUAAGGUAGGCAAUGACUUAAGGAAUUGAUAGUCUACUUUUAAUAAAUCGUAUAUUUUAUUGAAAAAGAACAUUUUCAUAAAAGUUUUCUUUAUUAAAUCCAACUCUAGGAUAUCAUAUUGAAGUAAUACAGUGAUUUCGAAGCUCAUAUUGUAUCUAGUAUUCAUGCAAUGCAUGAAUGUUUGUCAAUGUAUCGCAUUGCGUGGCGAAACACAGUUAUGGAAAAAUCGAUUUAUUUCAAUGUUUAUGAAAUUCAAUUUUCAUAAAUUACAUGUCAUUCAAUAGCUAAAUAAUAGCAGAUAGCGAUAUACCAUUCGAUAGCGUUAACUGAUUCAACAUAAAAUGCUUGUUUGAACAUUUCAUGAGGUCGGUCAAGCUGAUCAAUGUUACCCCGCUGAUCAAUGAUACCCCGUUUUACGGUACCACGAAUAUUAC